UACAACUAAAAGAAAAUGGAGUCAAAGUUUGCUCACGUCAUUGUUUUCUUUCUUCUUGCAACUUCCUUUGAAACACUCAUGGCACGAAAAGAAAAUGAUGGACUAGAAGUCAUAGAACUUCUCAAGGAAUUUGAAUCUGACUUGAUGUGCAAAGGAAAACUAAGCUGGCCAGAACUUAUUGGUGUCCCAACAAAGCUUGCUAAGGAAAUAAUUGAGAAGGAAAAUUCACUCAUAACAAAUGUUCAGAUACUACUGAAUGGUUCUCCAGUCACAUUGGAUUUUAGUUGUAAUCGAGUUCGUCUUUUUGAUAACAUCUUGGGUUAUGUUGUAGACAUGCCUAUGGUCCGUUAA